AGAACAUCUUUGGUACAGAGUGUUUUGUAAAUACAGCUAUGUUGGCAAAAUAUUGCUUGUAAAGAACGCGUGGCGCUUGUGUACAGCACCAGCUGGCAAGACUAUUUAUCCAGAAUGAACGAAACACUAAUGUUAAUCUUACUUGCGCUGCUGAUGUUAGUUGGUAGUUACAUCGCGGGGUCAAUACCAUUAAUAAUGCCGAUGUCGGAAGAAAAACUACAGAUUGUUUCCGUACUCGGCGCAGGUUUGCUUGUUGGAACUGCGUUAGCUGUCAUCAUUCCGGAAGGAGUAAGAUCUCUCGACUCUGCGGCCACCAUUCACACCGCUCAAACCAGCAAAGAUAGUUCAGGUAUACACGUCGAACAUGCAGUAAAUCCUACCGAUAUUCACUCACUAAUUGCGGUUUCACUUGUUCUGGGAUUCGUGUUCAUGCUGUUAGUGGAUCAGUGCUCUUCAUCCAGGAGUAGAGAUCUUGAGAGUGGACUAAAAUCUGCAGAGAAAAACAUCACAGCAACGCUAGGACUCGUGGUACAUGCAGCAGCUGAUGGUAUUGCACUUGGUGCUGCUGCAACAACUGCACAUGCUGAUGUUGAAAUGAUAGUAUUUUUGGCAAUAAUGUUACACAAGGCACCAGCAGCAUUUGGUCUCGUUACUUUCCUUAUGCAUGAAGGCUUGGAAAGGAAUAGAAUUCGGAAGCAUCUCAUUGUUUUCUCUUUGUCAGCACCAGUCCUAGCAAUGGUUACUUAUUUUGGAAUUGGCCAGGAAGGGAAAGAAACACUGUCAUCUGUAAAUGCGACGGGUUUGGCAAUGUUGUUCAGUGCAGGCACUUUCCUCUAUGUGGCAACAGUUCAUGUCCUGCCUGAACUGAUGGUGAGGAGUAGAGCGGCUGAGGGAGGUGUAGUAGAACAACAUAAAGGUCUCAGGACAAUGGAACUGUUGGCACUGGUGGUCGGAGCUCUCCUGCCACUCUUUCUCACUCUCAGUCAUCAUCACUAAUUACUCUGGAUAAAUUUCUCCAAGUCAUUUCAGAUGGCCUGCCAGCAGCAGGAGAAGAACAGAGUGUGUGAUUUGUCACUCGAUGUUGUUAGGCACUGCCUUGGUAGCUGGUGCCGAAGUGAACGUUUUCAUUGCCACAUUAAAAUAAAUUAUACCACGUAAUGACGGUUGCUGUUGUGCCUGUGGUGGGGCACAACAUGAACUUUUUAUGUACCUGCAUAAGUGUGAAUUUGGACUGUAUGCCAUACAGUUGAAAAGUGGGUACGGGGCCUAAGCAAGAAGAUGAUGAAUUGAAAUGAAUGUUUGCAAAAUAAGUAAUUUUAUUUCUGAUUAUUCCCUUUUUUUUGUGUACAGCAAAGCACAGUUAAUAAGCAAAAAGGUCUUUUUAAAUAUGUGCCUCAAACUAAAGAGAUAACACUGUUGUAGACUAAAAGCUGCAUGUUAUUGAGCCACCAGAUGAAGUUUUCUGUUCGUAAUGAUCUUCGUUACUCAAAAUGUUAUUUAAAGAUUGAGACAAAACUGGUGUUUAAGUUCAUGGGUAUUUUGUUAGUUUGAUUCAUAGUUGGGAUUUCAUUAGAAAAUUUCAGGUUCUGGGAAAAUGUAAUUAAACCUAGUGCAAACAGUGAUUCCAGCUGAUUAGUCUGAAGUAAAAAAAAAUCGUUCUGUUUCAUAUUUUAUGAUUGUUGCUAAAUCCAGUUGGUUGUCAGUGGCUGUCUUUCAGUUUUUUUUCCCCCAGAAUUUUGUCAGCAUUAAUGUACAUUUUUAUGUGGGAAAUGCCUUCAUCGUUGCAUGUGCAAUUACACCUGUAUCAUUGGAAGUCUGGCAACAGUCUUGGCACAUUGCUGAGUCUUAGUGUGCGAAACAUUCCUGUUAAAGCUUGUGGUUGCUUUUCACUCUAUUGUUCCUGGGUGAUGUAUCUUGUUUCAUUUCUACAAUCAGCCAAUGUGUGUAUUUUUUGGACAUACUCACCUUUGAGAUGAAGUUCUCGUGUGUGUGUGUGUGUGUGUGUGUGUGUGUGUGUGUUUUAUACUAUACACAGUUAAAUGUAUUCUUUGUGCUUGGCCACUUUAUUUUAAAGGUGAACUGUGUUCUGCUUUUUUUGGCAAUUGGUUUUUAUAGCCCUGGUCUCCCAUUACUGUGAUAAUUAUGUAAUUUUGUGAUUUAUUUGAUAUAUUUACAAUUUUAGUUUUCAUAUUAUUGUGGUUACUAUAUUUUUGAAAAUUGCCAAUAUCUUUUUUCCAAUUUGUCAUACUUGUGACAACCACCAUCUGCCUUCCAAUGUUAUGUUGUAAUGAGCAGGAAGUGUACGUAGUAUUGUGAAAAUACUGUGUCUGUACGUGGCUGUAAGAUAUAUUCUUACUGCAUUUGUUUCUCUCAAAAAAUGAUUUUUAAUUUGUUUUCUCUUAAUGGAAAACUGAUUAGCUUUGGAUACAUUCUGUCUUUCUCAAGGCCAAAUACAUAUGACUGAAUUAAAACACAUCAGCAGUCAUGAAGUUCUGUUUAUGUUGUAAUUUUUUUAUCCCAGGUAUGCAGUAUUGUGAGACAAAAUAUUGCAAAUUUCUGAAGAUUAUUUAAUGAUGAACAAACAACAUAGUUUUUUAUUUUGUUAAAUUUAUUACAAUAAUCUACAUGUCUUAAAUUUGAGUAAGAGGUGGCAUAUCUUGUGUGACCCUGGCAUUAUCAGUGCAAAUAUUGUUCAACAUUGGUUGUCAUUUUGUGAAAAGUAUUGAGUGCACAUGCAGUGUGACAUGCGCACAAAUCAGCACAGCUAUCCUUAAAACAUACCACAGUUUAUAUGAGUGGUUGUCGGUUUGUAAGACACAGGGUGAGCAGUAGUGAACUGUCCUGUAUUUUUUUUUCAUUUCAACUGGUGUGUGUGUAAAAUAUGUCAUUCUGUUAUUGUAUAUUUUGAGUUUUAAGCAGAAUGAUACAAAAAUCUGCAAUCACUAUUAUGUAAGGGGGCUAUACUGAUAUAUGUAAGGGUGCCAGCUCUGAACUUUGCUUAUAUUGUGUUUUUGUGUCAGUCCUUUGUCACAGUUGUGUACUGAAAAAAAUGUAUGUUAGAGCAAUUUUAAAUGGUUUUUAAAUACAUCUGUGUUCCAUUGUGAGUAUUUGACAGGUUACCAUGUGUUUUAUUCUUUCUUUAAAACUUUGUUAGUUGGUAUAAUUUGGCAUAUCAAUAAUUUAAUUUAUUGAUUAUUUUUCUGUUGUACUAUCAUGAAUAUAAAAUGGUGAAAAUUCCUUCAUUGCUUGAUAUGGUAUAACAUAUUUCAUUCUCCUAGAAAUAUCUCUUGCUUAAUGUUACUCAUUUAUUUAGGGAUAUUUCUGAAUGUUAUUGGUCCUUUUUUGCCAUAAUUAAUGGUAAAAAAGGUACUAAAGAUGUCAAAAAUACCAACAGUAGGGGUAACUGCUGUACUAAACACUGUUUCAGUAUCUGACUUUUAGUAUUGUUCAGCUGAGUGUGUUUUCAUGCUUCAAGACAGAAAAGAGGAUUACAUAAAGUUAUUAGUUUGGUGUGUUAGUCGUCACUGAAUCUGAUGAGUAAGUGUGUUAGAUUACCUUCUGCAGCUGUUCCCAUAUGGUAUUUAUGGAAUCCUUUCAGUUUCUUUGCUGAUAUAUGUUGAAAUUUAUUGAAUAUUACAUUUUGUUAUUUAUUUACACAUUAUGCAUAAUUUGUUAUUGCAAAAUAUGCUGUACAUAGAAACUGAAGUUUCUUAAAUUUGUACCUUGUGUCUCUGUAAUGUACAGAGAGAUUAACUUUUACAGAAGUAUGUAAAUAUACAGGGUAAUUUACAAAGAAAUAA